AUGAAUGCAAUUUGGACCAAGCACGACUAUAUCUUGCAGCUCCUCGAGGACACCAUCCAGCAGACUCCGCAGUCCCAGCAGUCUCAGAUUGACCUGAUCAUAUGUUCGGCCAAAGAGGCAUUCGUCAGUCAGGUGCUAGCAGAGCUCCAUCACCACCGUCGCGAGGCCAACGACGCACAAGAUGAACCCAUCUCCCCGGCUCCGGACCACAUCUUACUGUCAAGAAGUCUCCACGUGUUGAGCGCAAGUCAGCACGUCAACCUCAUCUUCUGCCCAACGAUCACUGUUCUUCGGGGCUAUCUCUCCGGCUUGGUGCACACUCUGACAGGAUCCUCUCCAACUCUCGGUCCGAUCAUAGUCCUCAACCUGCUGGCCAUGCACCACGGCACCUCCGAGUUCACGUUGCAAGGACUCUCACAGACCUUGGCGACUGCCGUCUCUGCCACCCACCGGACGGGUCGCGCGCUGAAGCUGGUGGAAUGCAAGGAUAUCAGGGACCCUUCAGAUCCGCACCGUGGUGCAGCGCUUUGGAGGGCUGAGGUUCAGCUGCUCAGCGCAGCGAUCAAGAUAGGUGAAGCGGGUCAAAAUUGGGGCCGCCGCACCAUCUCAGUGAUGAAAGUCGCGUCUAGGUGGUUCACAGUGGAGGGAAAAAGCCAGGACAGCCGUCUUUCUGAGGAAGAAAUGCUUGUUUGA